AUGGGCUUACUACGUGAUGCUAUUGGCUCCGCACUUGGUGACCAUCAAGUCAAUAAUGGCUUGUCUGGACCAAAACUUCCGUUUGGGAGCAAGAACAACAUUCGCGACAGCGCUCGGCUCUCAUCUGCAGCGUACCGCCAAUCGCCGUCCCCUAGCCAGGGAUAUCCUUCAUAUAUGAAGUACGGAGAUGGAAAAGAUUCAUCGUCAAAUGAUAUUCAAGGAAGAACGAGAAGUCCUCCAGGGCCAAUGAGGCCUACUGAUCUUGAUGGUCGAUCUUUCAGACGGGACAAUCCCGUGAUGGGAUACCAGGCAUCAGUGGUCGAUCCGCCUCUCGACCGAAUGCAGCAGUGGUACAAUGAAGAUCGGACUCAAUAUUCCGACUUGCCUCCUUGUUAUGAAAGUCCAGCAUCUGAUCGCCGAGAUAGGUAUCAAGGGCAAUCCGAUGCUCUACCCCAAAUCGCCUACGGGGAUGAACAGCCUUUCCUUCGAGGGUACACUAGAGAACUAGGUCAAUAUGGCAUCUCCGAACAGGAAUUCAUAGGACUACUGGACGCCAUCAAUGUUGCCAUCAUUCCUAAUCCAGAGAAUCAAAUCUUCCAAAAAGGAGCGAACAUCGCGGGCUGGUUCCUACCAGGCGCCGCUGGAAUCGGUCUCGCGGUUGGACAGGUUGGCGUCGGACUUGGCACAGCGGUUGGCCAUGCAUCUGCAGUCAAUCAAGUCCUGUCAAGCGCGAACCUACAGCUCUUUUUACCCAGAGGUCUCGAGAUAUGUAUUGGCAAAACGGACGACGUGGGCGCCGAGGUUGGUCUGGUCUCAGGCUCAAGACGAUCAAACUCCUAUGGCUUCUCACCCGAGGAAAGACGAGCAAGUUUCGGCAACCGCAUAGCUCCUCUCUCCCGGGUACUGCCACCGUUGCAGCAGACCGGUCGCAAUGACCCGAUCGCACAGCUUGGUCGAGGCCUUGCUAGUCGAACUAAUCAGAAGAAAAUGCAAAAGGCGGACAAGGAAAUGACUGAAGGGAAGACCAAAAACAUAAACACACUUGAAGGAGGAUUGAAAUGGCUUAUUAUCAGACAAGCCUCUGCCGAUGCACUGGCGUAUUGGAGGAACUCUGCCGCAGGCAGUGUUGCUCACGCUCACGCUUAG